GAGAGAGUUAAACAGUGUUACUUACAGGCAUUGUGAUGGAGUACGAAGUUGGUUGUUGUUGGUCGUAGUUUCGCCUGAUUGGUCCACUGCAGCAGCACAGCAGAUCCACUAGGGUGUUUUGGAGAGGUCCCUCUGUGAACUACAUAGACCAGGGUGCGACGGGCCCAUUACGUGACGUCACGUGUUCGCCGGUGGCUCUGAGCGACAGCUGGUGAGGAUCUCCAGACAGGGGGAUUCCGGUGUAUCAACCCGUUAUUAAUGCAUAGGCGUUUCAAUGGCGAAAACAUAUGACUACCUGUUCAAGCUGUUGCUCAUCGGGGACAGCGGAGUGGGGAAGACGUGUCUCCUGUUCAGGUUCAGCGAGGACGCGUUCAACACCACGUUCAUAUCAACCAUAGGUAUUGAUUUUAAGAUCCGAACAAUAGAGCUGAAUGGGAAGAGAGUGAAGCUCCAGAUUUGGGACACUGCAGGCCAGGAGCGGUUCAGAACCAUCACCACAGCCUACUACAGAGGAGCCAUGGGCAUAAUGCUGGUGUAUGACAUCUGCAACGAGAAGUCUUUUGAAAACAUAAAGAACUGGAUAAGAAAUAUUGAAGAGCAUGCAUCCUCAGAUGUAGAGAAGAUGAUUCUGGGCAACAAGUGUGACAUAAGUGACCGGAGACAAGUGUCCAAAGACAGGGGGGAGAAGCUGGCUAUUGAUUACGGAAUUAAGUUCUUGGAAACCAGUGCCAAGUCCAGUUUAAAUGUAGAGGAGGCUUUUUAUACAAUAGCCAGAGACAUCCUGCAGAAUCUUAGCACAAAGACGACCGAAGCAUCAGGAGCGGAAGGGUCGCUCAAAAUCACAGAAAAGAAGUCGAGGAGGAUGAAGUUUUUCAAGUGCGCUCUUCUCUAAAGGACUCGUCCGAUGGUGGCUGCUCUGGAGCAACUGGUUUGUUUUUGGGGAUGGUUCCUACUUCUAAACCGCCUUUGGGUAGCAGCUUGGCUGUUCUCCUUCCCUGAAGACCACAGCGGGCUCUGCCUUGUGUCUCUAUCCUGAGAAGUAUUGGAAACAAAAGAUACAAGCGAAACCUGCACACAGGAUAGCCUCCGGCCAGCGGAGAGAGAUAGUCACAUAUAGUUAGCCUGCAGCGUUUGAUUGCAGGAGACCGGGUUAAGAAGGCAUGAAUGGCCACUGAUUUCCAGAUGCGGUUGCAAUUGCAAAAAAAAAGAAAAUCAUGCUUUUUUUUGUCUCAUAAGCUGCUAUUGUUGUUGUUUCGAGAUAGAGCAAGGAAAGUCUCUGUAUGCCGUGGGAUCUUAUGGCUAAAGUCUACAUGUAACUGGUCGUCCAUGGUAUUAUUCAUAUAGGAGGCAGAUAUGUGGGACAUAGGUUGACUUCUGUAUGCUUAUUAUGUAUACAGGUUUCAUGUUAUAUGAAUAUGAAUGUUCAAAUAUUUAAACGAUAGGUUUUUAUUUAUGUGUUUAUAGAAAGUAGUGUGCCAAUCGUGUGGUGGUAUUAAACCAGAAAAGUUUACACAUCAAAACAAAUAAAUGGGCUGCGCAUUAUUUAUUUUAUUUUAAUUUCAACUUGUAUAGUAUACAUUCAUACAUUAAACUUAAAUUGCCAACAUUCACAUCAAAGUACUUUGCACAGCUGUAAUGGUCGAAAUUUCACACUAAUAUGUUUCAGUAAAGAUGUUAAAUGUGACUUUUAACAAGCGUGGUAUUUCAUUUUGCAAUAACCUAUUUAUGAUACUGACUGAGCUGUGGUGUUGAUUGUUAAUUAAAAGUCUUGUUUCUUUGAUUGUCA